AUGGCAAUACUGGCAGUGGUGGAGGCUCGUUAUAUGGCAGAUAUGCUACACCAAUUCAACCGAAGUCCUCCAGGCGUGCAUGGUGCUGUACAGUUUGCGCGUGGUGGAACGACUAUGGGGGUCACGCAAGCUCGCUGUAUGCCGCCUUUGAUAUCUCUCCCCAAGUCUCCAGCCUGGCCUCUAAUAUCAGACAAACAGAGCUUCAUCCUCUCGACCUUACCCUACACCACCCUCCUCCCGCCGCUCCUCCUCUCCCUCGUCCUUCGACCCCUCACCCUCAACACCCUAAACUACCUUCCCGCCGGCCCAACCGCAAUCCUCUUCGCCCUUCUCGCCCAAUACCACGCCGCCAUCCCAACCACAUACAAAUACACCAUCUCCACCGGCACCACCACGACCCCUUCCGCCCUCACCCUCCACCUCAGCGACAAAUCCACCAUCUACUUCCUCGCCCUCCAACUCUCCCUCUCCCAAUUCCCCAACUCCCUCCUCCCCGCAGCCGUAGGCUGGAUCAUCGGCCACGCCUGGCGCGCAGAACUCCUACCCGGUCGCUUCUCCGCCCCGUCCUGGCGCAUUCCGCGCUGGGUAUACGGCGGACAUGAAACCGCUUUCGAUCGCAGGCAGGGCACCGCGCCGGAGCACGAUGGGCCGGAGGCGGAGCGGUAUGAAGGCCUCCGGCGACGAUUAGAGGGCGAAUCGCGUGCGGCGGCGGCGGCGAGAGGGGAAGGAAGUGGCGUUGACGGAGGGGAGACGCAGAGGCGGAGACCGUUGGCGGGACAGAUAUUUGACCGGUUUCGGGGAGCGUUUUAG